UCAAAUGUACUAACGCCUGAUGAGACGAACAACAACAACAAGUAUUUGGCCAAAAUAAAUUUGGAAAAUCUUGAAACAAUCAGAAUAAACAACUCAAGAAACAUGCACAUACGGAUUUCGACCAACUAAAAGAGAAAAACAAAAUUGAAAAAUUAACAAAAUGGAAGAGAAUAUGUGGAUAAUUGAGCUGGAAUCGGCUUUGCUUGAUGACUGCAAUGUUAACGACAUUUUCACAAUAUGCCAGGGGAAAGCAAUGCCAGAGGCACUACGUCCAGAUGUGUGGCAAGUGUGCUUGGAUGUGCGCCACAAAUCGGAUCAGAUGUCGCUCUUCAAUGAGAUAUACGAUUUGCCAUUUCAAAGCCAGUUGCGUGAAGAUUGCCAGCGACAUGUGGAUCGGAUGGGAAAUGAGGAGGAGGACAAGGUGUCGGUUGUCUCGGAUCUCGAGUCCAUUAUGACUUUCUACUGUAAGAAUCGAAAUUUGCAAUAUGAGCCGGACAAUGGCUGGAUUGAGUUGCUCCUGCCGCUGUUUGCUCUCAAGCUGAAUCGCUCGGACACUUUCAAUCUGUUCGAAGCCAUACGGGACACUUAUAUACCCAAAGGAUGUAAGCCGAAGGGCAAUGUCUUCCACGUGUUUCGUCUGCUGUUGCUCUACCACGAUCCAGAGUUGUGCAGUGUCCUGGAUACCAAAAAGAUUACACCCGAUCUCUAUUCGUUGUCGUGGUUCCAGUCCUUAUUCGCCUCUUGCAGCAGCCUUUCGGUGAUAAUUGCCAUGUGGGAUCUGUACUUUCAAAACGCUGAUCCGUUUAUGGUAUUUUUCCUGGCGUUGAUUAUACUGAUCAAUGGCCGCGAACAGAUACUACAAAUGAAGAACAACUCUUCCUCCAAGGAGGAGAUUAUCAAGUUCCUUAGCAAUAUGCCCUGUGCUUUGGAGGUAGAUGAUGUCCACGACUUUUGCUCCCUGGCCCAGUAUUAUGCCCUGAAGACGCCCACUUCAUUCAAAACGGAUUUCCUGAAGGCGCUGUAUGGCAAACAAAACGACUCGCCCCGCAGCCAGGAGGAGUCCACCAAGGUGUCGCAGGCCCUGUGCCUCCCCGUGUCUGUCUAUGAACUUGUAGAGAAUUCGGCCAGUGAGUUUCCCAUACCAGAUGCAGUGCGUUUCUUUCUGGUCGACUGUCGUCCAGCGGAGCAAUAUAAUGCUGGACACUUGUCCACAGCAUUCCACUUGGAUUGUAAUCUUAUGCUGCAGGAACCAGUGGCCUUUGCCACUGCCGUGCAGGGCCUUCUGGCGGCUCAGCGCCAGUCGAUCGAGGCCAAUUCGAAUGCUGGCGGAGAGCAUUUAUGCUUUAUGGGCAGCGGACGGGUGGAGGAGGAUCAGUAUACACAUAUGGUGGUGGCCUCAUUCCUGCAGAAGAACACCCAUUACGUGUCCUUGCUAACUGGAGGCUAUACCUCGAUACACGAUUACUUUGGGGAUCACAUGGCCGACUGUCUGGAGGAUCACAAUGUGGCCAAGUGCUUGGUUUGUCAGCAGCAUCAGCAAGUGAAGCAGGUGCCCCUCAAGGCAUCCUCUGCGUCCGCCUCUGGCCAAUCGUCCACAGAUCUUUUCAGCAAGUUCUCGGCUGUCAUGAAAUCGAAAUCUGCAGAGGUCAAGGGCAAACUAUUGGACAUCAUAGUGAAUCCUAGUGCCCAAAAUGGUAAUCACAAUUUAGGCGCCGGCGGUCAAAUGCAGGCAGCCCCCUCCCAGGAUCGCCAUGUAAGCGCCAAGGAGCGCCAGGGCAAACGUUACAGGAAUGUGGCGCCUGUCUUUAGCAUCGACGACGAGACCGAGGACACCUUUAAUUCAGACCUCAAUGGGGCGGGUGGUGAAGUUGGCACACCGACGGCCGAUUCCAAGGAAAUCGUUCAGCUGAAUCAAUAUUUCAAAACGGCCGACAUCAUCAAUGCAUUCAAAUGCCAGGAGGUCCAUAUCAAUGGCUAUAUGUAUGACAGCCAUUUGAUCAUCACGCCCUCUCAACUGGUCGUUCUGCGGGAACUAGGCCGGGGCCAGGCCCAGGUCAUGGUGCGGCGUCCAUUGGCCAGCAUUGUCAAGAUCACGGCCAAGAAACGACAUCGGGACCUCAUCACCUUCAAGUACGGUUUUCCCGAUGGCGAUGGCCUGCUCAUUACCGAUAUGGAUCGUUUCCUCAUACCAAACGCCACAGCGGCCACUGCCUUGGUCGCCAAGCAUAUAGUCAAUGUGCUCGACGAUCCCAAGUAGGAAGAGCGGCAAGACAACCAAACACACCCACACACACACACACACAUAAAAUACACAAAGUGCAAUCUUCAACUAAUGUAGUUUUAAACAAAAAAUUGGCAAAAUGUUUUCCUUGUAGUCAGUAAACAAUUUUCUAACCAAAGUGGCAACUGUAACAUACGAAACACACACACACACAUACUCCUCCAAUAAUUUCAGCCCAUUCCCCCUACCUCCAACCCCUCACCUUUCUACCCGCUCAAAUGAUAACCAGGUGCAAAUCUAAUGGAAACCUUUACAAAAAUUCUGCCUUGUGACUUAUAAACAUGUAAAGAUACAAAAAUGAACGCAACGUAGAGAAAAAAUUUAGGAAAAUACAAAACCGAGAACUAAUAUUUAUUGCAAUUAUGAAACGUAUAAAUAAAACAAUGUAUUAUAUUCAA